AUGGCUGCCAACACCGGCGUGGACGUCUCUACUCACAUAGCCUCAACAGCUGACCUCGAACAACGCGCUGCCCGCAUUGCCGAUCCGAGUAUAGAUCUUACUACGAAAAAUACUGUUGCCUGCGAAAUCCGUGACCUGCUCGACACUACUAGGGAUACAGACACUUUACGAGUCCUUCCUUGGCUUAUUCCUACUCUUCUUGACCUCCUUCGCACCGGAGAGCCCGUCUUUCGCAAGGAUGUUCCUGAAUACCAGUUCCGCAAAACUCUGUUGGAAAUUUUAAUCCGUAUACCUGUUGGGGAGCCUGCUCGUGCUCAAUCUGCUUCCAUUAUCGAAUGCAUUCAUCAUCUUCUCCGAAAUGACAACGAAGACAAUGUUAUAUUGGCCUGCAAGGUCUAUAUGGACCUCGUCAAAAACUACAGGUGUAUCACGGAGGAAAAUAUGGCGAACUUCACUACCAUAUUUCAAGAAUCUCAGCAUCGAAUGGAGGCCGUUGCAAGCAAGUAUCUUGCAGAAGAUUCGGCCAUUGUGGAACCCAAUGAAGUCUUCCUCGGCAUGGACAGCCCUAAAGUUGUAGCCGAAAUGAGUUUGGAUAUGGCACUGUUCUCCCAAGCUUCUCGUGGCCAGAUAGCACCUACUAUAAAAGCUACCAUUCAGUCAUCAUUCAGCCUCCUCGAUGUCGAAUCUCCUGCGCAGAAAAAAGCUCGAAUCGAUGCGGAGGCCACGGGUUCUGUCUGGGCCGGGAUGUCUCCAACUGUGAAAAACCAUGCACUAUAUCACGACCUACUCAGUGCGCAAAUCAAGAUGCUUUCAUAUCUUGCUUUUGUGAUGCGACAUACUCCCGAACAAAGUGACAACUACGGAGAUCGACUUAUACUUCAUGCACUUCGUUUGCAGCAAGAUUGUCCAGCUAAUGGAAUUUUGUUGCGAAAGGAGCUUAUUGUCGUCUUUCGUCAUUUGAUGGCUACGCCUUAUCGACGAUCCUUAAUUCCACACUUGGACAAACUGCUUAAUGAGCGUCUUCUUGUUGGGGAAAGUCUUACGAGCAAGGAAAUGCUUCGAGCCCAAACAUACACUGCUAUCGCCGAUUUGUUCCAUCAUCUGAAGCCUGAACUCAGUAGCUCCCAAUUAACAAAAAUUGUGCACAUGUACUCUAGGCUUCUCCAUUAUCCCGCACUGGGCAACAAUCUCCAUACAUUGUUUGCCAAGGUUCUGAUAGGCCUCAGCGACGCCAUAGUGAAUAAGGAGACACCACAAAAUGCUGCCUUUCUGAUCACUUUAACGUUCAAUACUUGUCUUGACCGUUUAGAUGCUUUGACAGUGAUUCACGAGGAGAUUGCAGCAGCCGCAGAGAGGACCAAGAAUGGGGAAACAUCUAUCUUGAAUGACGCAUAUAUCGAAAAGGCGCGGCCUGUGGGUGGCGCUGUGUAUGCGCUAGAAAAACCUGAGGAAAUCAUGAUGGAAUCCCGUCUUCUGUUUCGCACAUUGCUGCACGGCUUUCGAGUAUGCCUCGCGACGUUAAAAAAGUGUGAAGGCCCGGCACCAGACGGUACUCUCAUUUGCAGAAUGUUCGAAGGUUGUAUACGAUGUAUGGCGUAUUUCGAGCUGGAUCCGCGCCCCAAUGAACCGGUCGACGUGAUUGAUUGGUUCGCUCCGAUUCUCAUGGAAGUCAAUCCGCAUGUCUUUCAAGAAGUUUGGACGCAAAAAAUUGAAUUCUUCUUCAAUUUUGCUCAGAAAAAGAUAAUUCUGCUGAACAUUUGUCAGGUCCUUUUUCAGAAAGACACCUGUUCACCGACGCUGUUGGCGAUAGUCCUCAAGUUCCUUGUUGACAGGUUACCGCUGCUAGGGGAAUAUGAUGAUCUCACAGCCGCCGCAACUAUCCGCUGGUUCAAGAUGACUUUCGGAUCUAUCACCCUUUUCCCUCUCUCCAACGAGCCAAUUCUGGCUUCUCAUCUGGCUAAGCUGCUUAUGGACUGCUUCCCAUUAGCUGUAAAAGCAUCGAAACCUACCCAUUAUUUCCUUCUUCUCAGGGCGUUAUUCAGAUCUAUCGGUGGCGGCGGAGGACGAUUCGAGCUUUUGUAUAAAGAAGUCCUUCCACUUUUACCAGAAAUGCUAGAGUGUCUCAAUCGCCAAUUCCUUUCAUCGGAAGGUCCCACCAGGGACAUGAUAGUCGAGCUUUGCCUCACUGUUCCACUCCGACUCACUCACCUUCUUCCCUAUCUCACGUAUCUCAUGCAACCCUUGGCCGUUGCAUUACGAGGGGGUCCUGAACUCGUUGCUCAAGGAUUGCGUACAUUGGAGCUUUGUAUUGACAAUCUUACUCCCGACUUUUUAGAUCCUACGCUCAAUAUCGUUUUGAGGGACCUGAUGGAUGCCCUCUCCAGUCACUUGAAACCACUCCCUGCUAAUCAUCACCUUGCCCACACCACUAUCCGUAUAUUGGGGAAGCUUGGGGGACGAAAUCGGAAGCUCUUGACGAAAGAGCCUGCCUUAAAGUAUAAACAUCAUUCAGAUGAUCCUAAAAUGACCAUUACAUUCCUCGGUGUUCAACAACAGAUCCUGAUGAGUCCUGGAGUGGUUCUGGCUCGUCAGAAUGUUACAAAAGGGCCUGUAGCUGCGGCAGCUCCUGCUUAUGAAUUUAUGGAGGCCGCGUUGUCCUCUCUCGUGAGCCAGGGUAUCAAAGGGCGUAAUGCAGAAGAACUUUUCGUAAGCACCCUCGAAGGUGCUUUUGACGCCGUUCAUAUUACUGAAGUUCAGGAAAAGGCUGAGUCUUUCAUUCGCAAGCUCUCACAAGCCGUGUUUGAUGCGGAGCUCAAAAGGGGGCCUUUCCGAGAAACUUCUUCGUAUCGAUCUUCGCCGUUGCUGUCGUCCUACCUCGAAGCACUUCCUUACGCCUUGGCUCGUACUCAAGCCGAUCAAGUCACGAAAGCUCGCGGCUUAAUAGCUUCCAUUGUACAGGACUUAGUCACGCACGCGAAGCAGAAUAAUAUCAUCAUGCAGGACGUAUAUCUCAUUUUGCAUCAAAUUACCAACAGGUUCACUGCUCUGUGCUUGGAUGAUUCCUGGUCACGAAAGAUCGCAGGAUGCGGUUGCAUCAAGAUGAUGACUGAAACGCCUGAGGUUGGUGUCAAGUGGGUACGCGACCGGGAAAUCGACCUCGUUCGUACUUUGCUUCACAUCUUGAAGGACCUCCCCGCGGACUUGCCUCAAGACGUGGACGAGAUUAUCGGAGUUCUUACAGAGGUCCUUAGAAUUGGAAGUUUAGACAUUGAUUUCCACUCUGAUGCUGGGGUCCAGGCACAGAUUCGAAGCAAGCUCAUUGCUUUGGUCGGUGUGUUUUUCCCUGAACUUCAGAGCGCUGUGCCUGUUGUCCGUCAGGCGGCUCAAGCAUGCAUCGAGUUCUUGGUGCAAUUGAGCGGAAGACCUGCCGUUGAGCUCCUUCUACCUCACCGGGACCGUAUGUUAAUCAGCAUUUUCACUAAGCCCUUACGAGCUUUGACAUUCCCGAUCCAAAUCGGGCUCAUAGAAGCGGUUCGAUACUGUGUCAGUCUCAACCCUCCGCUACUGGAUCUCAAUGAUGAAUUGCUCCGACUUCUUCAUGAAACUUUAGCAUUAGCUGAUGCAGAAGAUGCUGCCUUGCUCGGCCGAAGUAAUCCGAGACAGGGCAUAAUCGAAAUGACUAAACUUCGUGUCUCCUGCAUCAAGUUGUUAACUGCUUCAAUGCCUAUGACAGAUUUCUUCCAAAAACAUCCUCAAACAAGGCAAAGAGUCACCAGUGUCUACUUCAAAUCCCUCUAUUCCCCUUCUUCAGAAGUCAAGGACGUUGCUCACGAAGGCUUGAGAAUGGUCCUCGCUCAUCAGAGCAGGUUACCCAAGGAGCUUUUGCAAACUGGACUGCGCCCUAUCUUGAUGAACCUAGCGGAUCCCAAGCGAUUAUCUGUCCCUGGGUUGGAAGGUCUUGCUCGUUUGUUAGAACUUUUAACUAACUACUUCAAAGUCGAGAUUGGUCACAAACUCCUUGACCAUUUCCGUUUCGUUGCCGACCCUCAGAUGCUACAGGCUUCAUCCAGAUCGCCGUUGGGUGAAAACGAGGGCAUUACAAAGCUUGUCCGACUUGCAAAUAUCUUCCAUCUCUUACCUUCUGCGGCGAAUAUAUUCCUCGAUAGCCUGGUAAAUGCCAUUGUUCAGACCGAGGCCCAAAUGCACUUUUCCGGCCAGAGUCCGUUUUCUGAACCCUUGGCCAAAUACCUGGAUAGGUAUCCUGACGAAGGAGUGCAGUUCUUCAUCGACAAUCUGCACCUUCCUAGACAUUUGAGAACCUUACGAAGCAUUCUUCAAGCUAAGCUUUCUCCGAACGUGCAGCGUGUACUGGCUUCUCGCACAAACGCCAUUCUACGUUUGAGCCUCCAUGGCAACGAACCUUCCUCUCGCAUAAUACCUGCACUUUCUCUGUUCGCGGAUCUGGCAAGUCUCGAUCGUUGUUGGAUUUUAGAGCAUGACAACGUGAUCGAAGCACUUCUCACUUUGUGGGACACGGGUAUGCAACAGCCAGAACGAGAGACUAUCCAACGUCACACCUUGAUCAUGUCCAUUUUUCGUUCGACCCUUGAGAAAUCCUCGCGAAUAGAUCUCAUAUUCGCGCUCGUCGCUAUUUACAUCCGCAAUUUGGAAAUUGAUACAGUGCGAACAACUCAUUUCCUUUAUCAACAUGUUGCACUUAGCGAAGAUACCAUCUUCCAACGAAACAUCCUCCUCCGCUUCUUGACAUGGUUUGAUACAAGUUCGUGUACUUGGUCCCAUAAGGCUUACUUCAUACGCUACGUCGUCACUCCCACUCUACUGGUCCAAGCUGCACGGAAUCCUUCUAAACAACAUCUUCUAGACAUAUCUUACAUAGAUCGUCUGCACAGUCUUCUUUGGCGGCGCAUACUGGAAGAAAAUCCCUUCGCAGAGACCGAUGACAUGUUCAAAAUCGAAAUUCUACAUUUGACCACUGUUCUAGUUCAGCAUUACUCCUCAUUGGUGAACCAUGUCCAAAAGGAUAUUCUUAAAUGUGCCUGGCAUUUCGUUGGGUCUUGCGAUGAUCCGAUCGUGAAACAGACAGCGUUCCUCCUGAAUGCUCGUUUCUUCGCCGCUUUCCAAACACCCGCCAAGUUCAUUCUACGGACUUGGAGUGAACUACUUCGGGCACCACAAACGGAAGGCCGUGCAGUCCUACGACAGGAAGCUUUGGCUGUCCUUGCACCCUCCCUUCCUAAUGAACCUGCGGAGAACGGCUUUCCAAAAUGGGCAGUAACGGCGCGACGCUUGUUAGCGGACGAUUUCUCGCAAACUCUCGCCAUCUAUCAUCUCAUGAUAAAGCAGCCUGCUCUAUACUACCCUGUGCGCCGACUCUUCAUUACCUACAUGGUAAAUUCCCUAACCAAGCUCGGCUUGAUGUCUACAAGCAAUCAUGAAACCCGACUUCUGUCCAUUGAUAUAUUGCAGGUGAUAUUCGACUGGGAGCAACAAGCUUUACGUGAAAGGGAAGGCAAAGAUGUUUGGCUGACACCUUUGGGAUAUAGAGAAAAUAUGGUUAGCUAUCUGGUUAGACUAUCCACGAUAAUAAAUGAUCCUCCCGGCCGAGCGACGUUGGUUCCUCGCGCAUUGUCGCUACUUCAACAAAUGGUGGGACCUAGUGGCUGGACAGAUGUCGCCUUCGGUAUGCGAUUCUUCUCACGAGUGUUGGAGAUGAGUGAUCUGACCUCCGAAACGGCGUUAGCGUCUGCCGUAGCAUCCGCGAAGGUUCUUCAAGUUAUAGCAUCAGAGCAAAGCGACGAGUGGUGGAACUCGAAUGGGGCCGUAUUGCAGAAGCUCAUUCGGAAAGGCCUGCUAACUGACGAAUACGGUCUUCAUGAUGCCCUUCAUCCAAUCUUCGACCGCCUCGCCCGUAUGUAUCCUCUUCCGAAAGAAGAGGAAGACCCUCAAGGCGAGAUGGGAGACUUCCAUUCCUGGAUUUAUUCCUCCAUAAGCGACGGUUUGCGGAAUACCACGACGCUACGUGGCGUAUUGAUGAUGCUGAAAUCAAUCGUCCAGGUAGUUCCAGAACGCAUUGAGCAUUUCAGUCCCCAUUUGAUGAAACUGCUUGGGAAAAUUCUGAAAGAACAUGUGUCUAGCUCUACCACCAUUGUAAAUGUAAUGGAUACAAGCGCUCGACUUCUCGUCUCGGUCCUCGAUAUCUGCGAAAUAUCGGUGGCUUUUUUAGGGGAACAGAGGAAGUGGCUUAUGAGCAAUCUGGUUGUUAUGGUGGAAAAGUCCAAGAACGUCGCUCUUUGCCGUUACAUUUUGGAAUUAGUCAAGUCGUGGUGUUUCGUCAAACGAGAAGUCUACCCUACGAUGAAGGAGAAGGCGUCGCUGUUACUCAAAAUGGUAACUUUUGAGCUCAAAAAUGAAGCUCUGUUCAACUCGUUCCUCGAACUUGUGUACGAGAUUUACACCGAACCUUCAUUACGGCGGAGCGACUUGACUGCGCGCCUGGAGCCGUUGUUCUUUGUUGGAUGUCGUUCGAAGGAUUUUGCACUCCGUGAACGUUUCUUGGAUCUCUUGGACGUCAGCGUACCUAGGUCACUUUUCAGCCGCUUGAUGUAUAUCUGCGCAGUCCAGAGCUGGGAGCCUGUUGCUGAUCACAAUUGGCUGCACAUUGCCCUUCACCUAUUACUGGGUGCCACCGACCAAGACGGUUCAGUAUUACCCGAACGAAGAAUGUCCAUUUCUCCUCUUAUCACCCGUCCAAAAACUCAGGAGCUUGUACGUCCAAUGCUGCGUUUAGUAUCAGCUACGCCUCAGAGUGUCCACGACAUGUGGGUAUCGGUUUUUCCUGCUGCUUGGGCGUGCCUUUCCCGACGUGAACAAGCCGACCUCACACAACAUAUGAUCAAUCUACUCAGUAAGGAGUACCAUAUCAAGCAAGCUGAAAUGCGGCCAAAUGUUAUUCAAACUGUGCUUACUGGGCUGCAUGCAUGCACUCCUCCCAUGAUUCUUCCUCCCCAUCUCAUCAAAUAUCUUGCCAAAACAUUUGGUGCAUGGUACAUCGCGCUGGAAAUUCUUGCGAGCUCGCUGGAGUAUCUGAAAGACGAUGAGCUCACUCUCCGUGAUAAUGCCCUUGAUUCUCUUGCUGACGUUUAUUCGGAGCUUGCAGAGGACGAUAUGUUUUAUGGCCUUUGGCGACGUCGCUGUCUUCAGCCAGAGACAAAUAAUGCCAUUGCACUGGAACAAAAUGGUAUGUGGGAUCAGGCAAUGAAUGCCUACGAAACAGCACAGCAGCGUGCACGGAGUGGUGCCAUACCUUACACUGAGCAGGAAUAUUGCCUAUGGGAAGACCAUUGGAUUCUCUCGGCAGAGAAACUUCAACAAUGGGACCUUUUAUAUGAACUCGGUCGUAAUGAAGGGAAUCACGAUUUGAUCCUGGAGAGCGCAUGGAGGGUAAAAGACUGGCUGGAGAACCGAGAGGCACUCGAGGAUCAUAUUGCUCAACUUCCCGAGGUGCCCACUCCACGAAGACGAGUCUUUGAAGCCUUCAUUGCGCUGUUAAAACUCCCGUCACCCCUUGAAAAAAAUUCCGAGUUUACCGUGAUCCUCGAAGACGCCAUGCAGUUAACACUCCGAAAAUGGGUCUCUUUACCUCCGCAUCUGUCUCCGGCGCAUGUCCCUUUACUCCAACAUUUCCAGCAAUUCGUUGAAUUGCAGGAAGCUGUGCAGAUAUUUGGAUCUUUGGCUUCGACUAAUGCUCAAAACCUUGAGAAAAAAUCAUCGGAGCUCAAAAUGGUUUUGCAAGCCUGGCGGGAGCGUCUACCCAAUGUUCACGAUGAUAUCAGCAUCUGGAGCGAUCUUGUAGCCUGGAGACAAAAUGUCUUCCACUCCAUCAAUAAUGCCUACAUACCUCUCAUCACACCCUCAACGCAGACUGGUGCUGCGAACACGAACACGGCUGGUUAUCGAGGAUAUCACGAAACGGCCUGGAUAAUCAACCGUUUUGCCCAUGUUGCCAGGAAACACGAUCUCCUCGAUGUCUGCCACACGGCUUUGGCGAAAAUAUAUACACUACCCAACAUUGAGAUCUCAGAGGCAUUCCUGAAACUCCGCGAACAAGCUCGCUGUUAUUAUCAAAAACCUAAUGACUUACAAGCUGGACUGGAAGUUAUCAACAAUACAAAUCUUGGGUACUUCUCCGUAUCGCAGAAGGCUGAGUUCUUCACCCUCAAAGGGUUAUUCCAUGCUCGUUUCGGCCGCCAUGAGGAAGCGAAUGCUUCAUUUGGCCAAGCGGUUCAGAUGGACAUGAGUCAAGCGAAGGCGUGGGCUGAAUGGGGGCGAUGGAAUGACCGCAUGUUCAAAGAGCAUCCCAAUGAUUUAUCAUAUGCGGGAAAUGCAGUUAGUUGUUAUCUUCAAGCUGCAGGACUAUACAAAAGUGGCAAAAGUCGGCCUCUUCUUGCUCGAGUACUCUGGCUCUUGAGCAUCGAUGACACUUCUUUCACCGUUUCCCGUGCAUUCGACACUUACAAAGGCGAGGCCGCAUUUUGGUUUUGGAUUACCUUAAUACCACAGCUUUGCUCCUCCCUUUCUCACCGCGAAGUGAAACAAGCUCGUUACGUGCUGCUGAACUUGGCUAGACUUUAUCCACAGGCGUUGUUUUUCAAUUUAAGGACUACUCGCGAAGAGGUACUCAGCACGAAGAGGAUGGUAUCCCGUCCUUCCGUGCCUUCAGCCCAGACGACUCCCGUCCGAGCCUCUGAGUCAUCUUCGACAAAUGGAAGCGGAAGUGAUGUUCCCGGGUCAGGGUCGGACCCAAAUAACUCUCAGACCUCAUUACCCUCUGCAGAUAAUGCCCAAGGUAUUGGCGCAUCGCAGAAUGGGUCACAAUUCGUGGCUGAUGCUGCUGUACACCGCCCAACUUGGGACUGUGUAGAAGAAUUAGUCCAGAAUCUGAAAACUUCAUUCCCUCUUCUCAUUCUGAGCCUCGAAACAUUGGUGGAUCAGAUAAUCAAUCGAUUUAAGCCAAGUCACGAAGAGGAUAUCUAUCGGCACAUCUGUAUGCUACUACAAGAUGCGUUACAGCAUUAUAUGGUCCGAGUAAAUCAAACUGAAGACGAUGGUUCGCUCACUGCUUCAACUGUUGCUAACCUACAUCGUUUGGCACAAGGGAUAACUCACCCUCAGGUUAAGAAAGAAUACGAAGAAGACUUUAUCACAGCCAAAUUCACUCAUUAUGAGUACAUUCAGCGUUUACAACAAUGGCGGGACAAGUACGAGGUACUCCUCGAUGGCCGUCCACGGGUUCAACCGCUCGAUAGUCUUAGCCAUUACCUCACUGAGUUCCAGUAUAGCAAGGUUGAUGAGUUGGAUGUUCCUGGGCAGUAUACGGAGGACAAAGAUAAUAAUCAGAAUUUCAUCAAGAUACAAAAACUCGUGCCAAAAUUCGAGAAUACUCGAUCCCAGGGCUGCUGCUGGAAGCGCAUCACCAUUCACGGGAGUGAUAAUUCCCGUAUUCCAUUCCUUGUACAGCUUCCCUAUCACAGAACAUUCCGCCGUGAGGAGAGAGUAUCCCAAGUCUGCCGAACGUUCAAUGGGGUCCUCGCUCGGAAAAAAGAAACUCGCAAGAGGAACCUCAACUUCCAUUUACCAGCUGCAAUAUCAUGUAGUCCGAACAUACGACUGUAUCAGUUGGAUUCAUCAUACAUAUCGUUUUUAGACAUAUUCGAACUUCACUGCGAAUCAAUGGGUUUCCAGCGGGAGGAUCCGAUAUUAUACUCAUGCGAAAAGGUUAAGAAAGUGAUGCGGGAAGUCAAGCAGUCUGGGCGUCAGUUCAACAAAACCGAUUAUUUAGCCUUGAAAAAGAAUGUCGUCGAUGAGGUCUCCAGCAAGAUGGUUCCAGAUGAUGUGCUCAAUCGGUACAUGAUACGGACAAUGGAUGGGCCGAGUUCGCUUUGGCGUAUGCGCAAACAAUUCGCCCUGCAACACGCAGCGAACUGUUUUAUGACGUUCGUCUUCUUCAUGUCAAGCCGCGGCCCGGCUCGAUUCCACGUUUCACGUUCUACCGGUCUCACUGUCAUGACUGAGUUUCUCUCAGGAUUAGCAGCGCAACAACCGAUAUUUUCUUCCAGCGACGUCGUUCCAUUCCGCUUCACUCCCUCCUUACAGACUUUCCUUGGCCCCAUUGUCACCGAAGGCGUAUUCGCACCCAGUUUAAUGGCAAUAGGUCGUUCUUUGACAGAGACUGAGUAUGCAUUGGACACUCCUCUUCGUCUUUUCGCUCGCGACGAGAUAUGUGCCUGGCUUAUACAACGUAAUCGCCCAGUGACCGUCGAUCAAAAUUUCCGUCAGGCUGUCAACUUGUGCAUCGACGCAGUGACAACUAGAGCAGAGGCCAUGGCUUGUAAAGUAGACCGAGAACAGGCAGCAACAGGUUCCGUCCCGGCGCUUCAAACCGUGACGAGCACGAUCUCAGCAGCUACAAAUCCCAUUCAAUUGACGAAGAUGGGAGAGACAUAUUAUCCAUGGUUUUGA